CCUCAGCAGAGCGUUUAAGGAGCAUGCGCAUUCGUUCUCGAUAGUUUUUUUUUUGUUGUUUUUUGUUUUUUUAAGUAUUGAAAGUGAGCGUGCGCUUAGCGAGAGGGUUGGGCCGCUGAAGUUUGAACACGAAGGAAACCGCGGGGCGGAGAGCUGUCACAAAUUCAAGAAUCCAGCUGGACAUGGUACAUACCUUUGGAGGCAGAGGAAGGAGAAUCUCUGUGAGUUCAAGGUCAGCCAGUGCUAUAUAGUGAGAACCUGUCUGAAAAACAACAACAAAAUCAGGUUCUCUACUAACCUUUUAUAAAAAAAAAAAAAAAAAAGAAUAGGCCCAGUUGUGGCUCAGCAUGUCAAUAGUAACAGUGCAGCUUGGUCAGUGUGGCAACCAGAUUGGCUUUGAAGUGUUUGAUUCUUUAUUUAGUGACUCACACUGUUCCCAGGGACUCUGCUCUAAGAGAGAGAAUGAGGCAUAUCAAGCAUCUUGCAAAGAAAGAUUCUUCAGGGAGGAGAAAAAUGGAAUUCCAAUUGCCCGGGCUGUUCUUGUUGACAUGGAACCUAAAGUUAUCAAUCAAACACUCUCAAAAGCUGCCCAGGCUAGCCGAUGGAAAUAUGGUCAGCAUGCAUGCUUCUGUCAAAAACAAGGUUCUGGGAACAACUGGGCAUAUGGUUACUCCAUGCAUGGACCCAGGCAUGAAGAAUCUAUAAUGAACCUAAUCCAAAAGGAGGUGGAGAAAUGUGAUUCCUUGAGUGGUUUUUUUGUCAUCAUGAGUAUGGCUGGAGGAACAGGAUCAGGGCUGGGAGCCUUCAUUACACAGAAGUUACAAGAUCAGUAUUCCAACUCUUUGAAAAUGAAUCAGAUCAUAUGGCCUUAUGGAACUGGUGAGGUUAUUGUACAGAACUACAACUCCAUCUUGACUCUUUCUCACUUAUACCGGUCUUCAGAUGCUUUCCUCAUUCAUGAGAAUGAUGUUGUCCACAAAAUCUGUGCCAAACGGAUGAAUAUCAAACAGAUCUCCUUCAGCAAUAUAAAUCAAGUUCUUGCACACCAGCUGGGAAGUGUGUUCCAGCCUACUUAUUCUUCGGAAGGCUCAUUCCACUACCGCAGAAAUCCACUAGGAGACUUAAUGGAGCAUUUAGUCCCACAUCCUGAAUUCAAGAUGCUGGGAGUUCGUAAUAUUCCUCAGAUGUCUGAGAAUUCUCUGGCAUACAGCACGUUUACUUGGGCUGGCCUCCUCAAGCAUUUGAGACAGAUGCUUAUUUCUAAUGCAAAGAUGGAAGAAGGUAUCAACUGGCAAGUACGACCUCCUUUGUCAGGCCUUCCACCUCUUGGCAAAAUGUCUGUCAACAAGGAACUUCAUUUUAACACUUCUAUCGCCAACUUGGUCAUCCUCCGUGGGAAAGAUGUACUAAGUGCAGAUGUGGAGGCAUUUAAAGAUCCAGCUCUCUAUACUUCCUGGUUAGAGCCUGUUGAUGCUUUCAGCGUGUGGAAAACCCAGCGAGCCUUUAACAAAUAUGAGAAGUGUGCGGCACUGGUCAGCAAUAGCCAGUUCUUAGUAAAGCCACUUGAUAUGAUUGUGGGCAAAGCAUGGAACAUGUUUGCUUCAAAAGCUUACAUUCAUCAGUACACAAAAUUUGGAAUUGAGGAAGAAGACUUUUUGGACAGUUUUACAUUGUUAGAACAAGUUGUUGCCAGUUACUGUAACGUUUGAUUUUACACAAAGAGAAGAACAUCUUAUGACGUUUCUGGACUAAAAUAUUUUCACUCUUGAGCCAUAUUUGGUAGUAAUCCCAGCAUUCAGGAAAUGGAUGCAAGAAGAUCAGGAGUUCAAGGUCAUUCCUUUGCUACAUAGAGAGUUCCAGGCUAACCUGGGCUACAAGAAACCCUAUCUAAGAAUAAAUAAAA